UUUUAUUUUGAACAUAUUUUAGAACUUUUCUGCACAACUGCUUUCAUCACGGUUACUUAUUUCUAAUUUUCUAGUACAGGAAAACCUUGGUUUAUCCUUUUUUAUGUUGUUAUCGUGUAGUUCUAUACCGCCUCCUAAAAGCAGGAGGUGAAUUUUUUUUUUGUUUGUUUUCAUCCAUCUUUGUGCAUGUCUUGUGUUCGCUAUCACCCAUUCUCUGUAAAAAUCAGAAUGGUUGGUUGGUUCUCCUCAGUAACACAUAGCUAGAAGGAUAAAUGAUUAUUUUCUGGAAGGUUCUAUGACUUCUGUUUUUGUGUAAAAACAGAAAAAAAAAUCUCAAACAGAACUACAUCUACAUGUUUUCUACUCCAUACAUUUUUGUAACAUCUACUUCAAUAGACUGGAUUUAAACUAGAAAUUUUAAGGAAAAUGAUGACACAGUCAUCAGUAAAUGAGCUGCUGAAUGAGUUAGAGGAAUUACCAAAAGUCAUUUGAAAAAAAUCAGCAUGUAAAUAUACAUACCAUAUUUCAUAUAUUUAAUAUGUAAUGUUUUCUUUUAGCAGACAUUUAUACUUCAAGAUUUAGAUAUGAGUGGUUAUUUUGAAAUUAAAAGAAUGCUACAGCUAUUCUAGUGGCAUAGUCUGCAUUACCAUAACACAGCACAGAAUUAGAGCAUAUUGAAAAGCAAUUACAAUGCUUUGAACAAAAUGCAGCUUUGUGACUAAGAAGUUUGUGACCAACUGAGAUGUCUGUGAAACAAAUGCACAUUUUAAACAGGUUUUUAUUAAGCAAUGUUUGUUUUUUUGACUGUUACCAACCUAGUCUGGUUUGAUGCACACGUCAGUUGUGAGAAACACCCCUUUUUUCCAUUUUAUUAAGUCUGCCAGAAAUAGAAAUCUUUCAUAUGAAGUGAACUUUUUUCACCUCUAAAUUCAAAUGAAACUUCUCAGUUGGGUGCAGACAGACUACAAAUGCUUCUUCUUUAGAACCAACUGUUGGAACACAUGAAAAUCAGUGUGAAGCCUGCCAGUCCUUCAGCAGAUACAUACUGGAGGGUAAAUUUUGCCAACAUUUGUAUUAUACAGAGAGUAGAGCUCACUGUUUGGCAGGGAUGGUAAAAGUGUCAUCAUUCUUGACAAAUUAAAACAAAAAAACUCUUUGAUAAGUUGAUACAAUGUUGAUGUAACAUAUUAAUGACUGAUGAACUAUUUACUGGUUGGGAAAAUACUAAAUAAUGAAGAGGACAAGUCAGUAACAGACUGAUCUGGAUUGCUCUGUCAGGUGCAAACUAACAACAUGCAUUUUACUACUGCCCAAUGUAAAGUUGUUCAUCUAAGAACAAAAGAAUAUGAGCACAAUGUUGAUGGUGUGGAGGCAGUUCAGUGGGGAGCCACAAGUAUGACCGGAACAAAGAGAAGACAAGAUGUCAAAAGCUAGCAUUAGUGUGCAUGACAGAAGAAGUCUGGACGGGGUAAAUCUGCAAAAUACAAUCCCGAAGGAGCUCCGCAGUGCUUCAGAAGCUGUUUCUGGCGUGGGAAAGAGGGAAGAAAGGAAGAGACUGAACUGAAACUCUGUGGACAGGGUACGGUAGCUCUGUAGCCUGGAAGAAGAUGUACAAGGAGGAUUCCAGGAACAUGACUGAAGAUAAUAUAACCAGUAAUGGAUCCUUCCCUGCCUUCCCUCACACCAGUACCGUGACGGCCAUAUUGAUUACAGCCUACUCAGUUGCAUUUGCUGGAGGUGGGAUUGGAUCCAUUGCAAUGUCAUUUGUGCUAGUCAAGAUGAACACUCUGUCUGUGACCACUACAGCAAUUAUUAACCUGGUUGUGGUGCAUGGUCUUCUUCUCCUGACUGUGCCCUUCCGGCUGCACUACUACAUCAAAAAAGAGUGGAUCUUUAAGAUGCCAUUUUGUAAAAUGGUGAGUGCCAUGGUGCACAUCCACAUGUACCUGACUUUCCUAUUCUAUGUGAUCACACUGGUGAUUCGGUGGCUCAUAUUCUUUCAAUGGAAGGACAAGGUGGAGUUUUACAGGAAGCUGCAUGCCAUCGCAGCAAGUGCUGCAGUGUGGGUUGCAGUCAUCAUCUUUUUGGUGCCGGUCUUCAGUGUUGAAUAUGGACGCUCAGGGAGAUAUGACGAUAAAACAUGCUUUAAGUUCCACAAAGAGCUACAGCAGGAUAGUGUGAAAGGCCUGAACUAUACCGUAAUUGUGGCUGUAGCCUGCAUUACUUGUGUCCUCUUGGGCUUGCAGAUUUUCAUUCUGGUAAAAGUGGCGCGAAAAUUCUCCUUCUUCCUCUGGUCACACCAAGAGUUCUGGGCCCAGGUGAAAAACUUGAUUUUCAUCUGUGUUAUCAUGGUUUGCUUCCUUCCCUAUCACCUCUUUAGGGCCUACUAUAUACAGCACGUGAAUGAUUACAGCCAGUUAGAAAGCUACAAUGAAGUAUUUUUGAGUCUGACCUCCCUCAGCUGUCUAGAUUUGUUGUCAUUUGUGCUGAGUGGAAGCCGUCUCUUUAAGCAAAAGGUAUGUGUGCUCCGAAGCAGGUUGACUUGCUGUUAGCUUCACCCAUGUAUAGCAUGCACCAGCCUGGAAGAACAUGGUGCAGGACAGAGAGAGAAAACCCAGUUCUAAACAAAUCGGUGUGUGUGCCAGAGAUGGCAUAAUACACUAGCACAGCCCUCUGCCUGCCUAUUCACCAAAAUAAUGGGGCUAACUACCUCCAGUAUCUCAACUGGUAAACUGAUAGGGGGGUUCUUGGAUUUUCUCAGAGUACUACCUCAUGUGUCGAAGAUAUACUUGGAGGAGAGACAGCUUUCUUUAAGAGGUAGGAGAAUGUACAGGCUCUUCUAAUUUACUCUCUUAAAAUCAUCACUUGUGAAGUCAAAGGCACUAGAAGGAAACUCAAGAGAAUCUGCAAAUAAAAAAGUAUGUAUAAGGUAUGGUUUUUUGAAGUGCAAGUUUCUAUAUAAUUUUCUACAUUUAUUUCUUGUUCACAACAAGCUCUCAAAAUAUUGGUGAAACUAUUGUUCCUCCUGAAUAGAGCUGUUCCUCCACUAGAAUGUCAGGUGUAACUAUCUAGAUUAAUUGAACAAUUCAAUCAACUCUUCAAAGAAGCAAUAUAUAUUUAUUUAUCGAAAGAGAUCUUGAAAUCACCUUUUGAACAUGAUAUCAUUACAGGAGAAAAAGAGUUUUGGUUCUCCUUCCCGUAUUUUGAAAAUGUCUCCUACAGUAAAAGUUACGUGUCACUACUGCAAUGAACAUUGUAAGUUCAAACCAAAAGCUUGUGUCUUUAUUUAUAGAAUUCUUUAAUUACAAAAAAUAAUUUAGUUAACUGAAAAGAAUUUUAUUUAGAUCAUUCAGACAGCAGUUGCCUUCUCUUUCAAAAUGAAAUAUUUUAGGUCUCCAAGGUAACAAUGAUGCUUUUUUCCCUAUGCUGUUUUUGUGCAAUUCUUAAGCUUGUAACUGAUUACUCACAAUGUCUUUAGCUUAAAAUCCAAUCUAGAAAAGUUGGUACCCUGUACAAGUAGAAGAAGCUAAAAUGUUACCACUCGGAUUGGAAGGAUGGAAAAGCUAAUGAGCCUGGUGUAGCUAAAAAGCCUAUUAGUUAGGUGUUGUGAGUAGGGAAUUUUCUGAAGUUAAGUGAAGUGAAUUCCACUUGAAACAAGGAAAAACUCAGCAAAACUGUUCUGUGAAAGGCAUUCAAGCAUUCAUAGAUUUACUAUUUUAUGCCUAUCCCAAAAGAUAAUAUAAGACUCUGACUGCUAUAACUCAAGAUAGUGAUGACUAAUUUAUCUUUCUUCUUCUUGCCAUCUGCAGCAAGAUCACAUUUUUCAUCUAGAGUCAGUCAAAUAAUAUUUUAAUGUUUUGACAAAUUAGAGGUUAUCAAUUGAUUAAUUCCCAGCCAAAGUCUCUCCUGAUGCUGUUAAACUCCACUUUUCUUAUUCCUGAAUUCUUUCCGUUUCUUUCAGCUUCACCUUCAACAUCUCAUGCUCAGACUGCCAUGAAAUAACAGUUGGCUAAUCUUGCUGUAUCCAUACAAUCAUGCUGCUAUGCUUAUCGCUUUCAUUCCCACCAUACGGUGAUGUCCAAGAUUGUUACAUUAUAGGAUCCCACCUCUUCUAUAUC